UCCUGACUUGUGCAGACAUUUACUUGGGGUUAGUCCCUCCUGCCUGACUAGCGGGGAUGGAAACCGGCACUUGAGCUAAGGAGUGAAAACCAGACUUUGUUCCUCUUCCCUCUUCUCAAUUAUAAAUCAUGAAGGAUGAAGAUAAAACAGUUGAAUGUGAGGAUGCAGGACCAUCCACAGAGCUGAACCAUACAGACACUACUUGUCAAGAAUCACAGGAGGAGGCAGUUAUGAACCUCAAAGGAAAUGAACCAACAGAAGGAAGCAUUCUGUUGAAUAGUGGUGAAAAAAAGCUGCAAGAAACACCAACUGAGUCAAGUAAUUUACAAAUGCUGAGAGAAAUAUUGGCUUGCCCUCCACAUGGUUUACUUGACAAAGUCAUAACAAAUGUUAUCAUCAUCGUUCUUCUGUGGGCCGUAGUCUGGUCAAUUACUGGCAGUGAAUGCCUUCCUGGAGGAAACCUAUUUGGAAUUAUCAUCCUAUUCUAUUGUGCUGUCAUUGGAGGUAAACUUUUUGGGCUCAUCAAGUUACCCACACUGCCACCACUGCCCCCUCUUCUUGGCAUGCUGCUUGCUGGGUUUCUCAUCAGAAAUAUCCCAGUGAUCAGUGAUAAUGUGCAGAUCAACCACAAGUGGUCUUCCUCUUUGAGAAGCAUAGCCCUCUCUAUCAUAUUGGUUCGUGCUGGCCUUGGUCUGGAUUCAAAGGCCCUGAAGAAAUUGAAGGGUGUUUGUGUAAGACUCUCGCUGGGUCCCUGUCUAGUGGAGGCUUGUGCAGCUGCUGUUCUUUCCCACUUCCUGAUGGGCUUGCCAUGGCAAUGGGGAUUCAUACUGGGUUUUGUUCUAGGAGCCGUAUCACCAGCUGUCGUGGUGCCUUCCAUGCUGCUUUUGCAGGGAGGAGGCUAUGGCGUUGAAAAGGGAGUCCCGACCUUGCUCAUGGCUGCUGGCAGCUUCGAUGACAUUCUAGCCAUCACUGGAUUCAACACGUGCUUAGGCAUGGCCUUUUCCACAGGGUCUACGGUAUUUAAUGUCCUCAGAGGAGUUUUGGAAGUGGUAAUUGGUGUGUCAGCUGGAUGUCUUCUUGGAUUUUUUAUUCAAUACUUUCCAAGCAGUGACCAGGUCAACCUUGUGUGGAAGAGAGCAUUCCUUGUUCUGGGCUUCGCUGUGUUUGCUGUGUUCAGCAGCGUGUAUUUUGGUUUCCCUGGAUCGGGAGGGUUGUGCACACUGGUCAUGGCCUUCCUAGCAGGGAUAAAAUGGGCCAACAAGAAGGAAGAUGUUGAAACGAUUGUGGCCGUUGCCUGGGAUAUUUUUCAGCCCCUUCUUUUUGGACUGAUUGGAGCAGAAGUAUCCAUUGCAUCUCUCAAGCCAGAAACUGUUGGAUUUUGUGUUGCCACCCUGGGCAUUGCAGUAUUGAUACGAAUUCUGGCUACAUAUCUGAUGGUGUGUUUUGCUGGUUUUAACAUAAAAGAAAAGAUAUUUAUUUCCUUUGCAUGGCUUCCGAAGGCCACAGUCCAGGCUGCAAUAGGAUCUGUGGCUUUGGACACAGCAAGAUCACAUGGAGACAAACAAUUAGAAGAUUAUGGAAUGGAUGUGUUGACAGUGGCAUUUUUGGCCAUCCUCAUCACAGCCCCAAUUGGAAGUCUACUUAUUGGUUUGCUGGGCCCUAGACUUCUUCAGAAACUUGAACAUCAAAAUAAAGAUGACGAUGAAGGAGAAGCUUCUACACAAGCUUAGAGGUGAAAAGAGAAUGCCAAACAUAAUGAUUAGAAAACAGCUGCCAGAGACUGCUCUUAUCAACUGAAUAUUGAAAUAUGUAAUAAUGUUCAAGCUUAAAAUGUAAUAAAACCAAAGGAUACUAUUUCUUGAAACAUUUUUAGUGCUUCCUCUUACUAUGUGAGUGUUAAUGUUCUGCAUCUCCAAGCCUCCGUCAUCUACCUCCAAUCCCUCUACCUUCAGUCUGUCACUUUGUUUUUUUAAUACUACUUCACUAUUUGUCUUGAUUUCUAAGGAUAUAUUACAUCUAUGUUCACAUACUAUCACAAUUUAAAAUUAACCUUGGAAAAACCAAGUGCAGCAUCCUCUUCAGUUAGCUGGGUUCAUGAUUUAUGGUCACAUGGGCUCUCAUGCCUAGAAUUGUUUAUGACUAUUCAUCUUUUUUUUAAACAACAUAAUGUAGUCCUUCAUCAAUUUCUGUACUCACUUUCCCUGUGAAUAUGCCUCUUCUCCAUUUCUACCUUACCUUCUUUCUGUGAAUUAUAAUUGGUUCCACCAAAAUUUUAAAGAACAUGAAGUAUUUUAAUUGGUUCUUGCUAUUGCCCUGUCUAGAUGUCAGAAAACCUUAUCCUUGCGCUGGUGUUGUGGUAUAGCAACUAAAGCCACCUGCAAUGCCUGCAUCCCAGAUGGGCAGUGAUUCAUGUCCCAACUGCUCCACUUCCAAUCCAGCUCUCUACUAAUGUGUCUGGGAAAGCGGUGGAAGAUGGCCUAAGUAUUUAGGGCCCUGCAACCCAAGUGGGAGACUCAGAUGAUGUUUCUGGAUUCUAUCAAUCCCAACUCUGCCCACUGAGGCCAUUUGGGGAAUGAACCAGUAGAAAGAAGCUCUCUCUCCCUCUCUCUCUCUGUAACUCUGCCUUUCAAAUAAGUAAAUCAGUCUUAAAAAAAAAAAAAAAAAAAAA